AUGGAGCUCUCCCCGGGAACGGGCGACGACCUCAUCCACGGUCCUCCGCCGCAAACGUCCCAAACUUCGACGCCGAUGACCACCGCGACCACUCCGGCCUCGCCGGUCGUCGACUCCCCAAUCCAGCCGGACGUUGCCUCCGAGGAGCCUUCACAAUCGCUCUCUCGAUCCUCUUCACUCUUGCGGCAGCACCCCUCAUCCUUACCUCGUGCCCACUCCGGAGCUCGCCAUACCAAGCGCUUAACCUUGAAUUUCCCCAUCAACAUCCCGCUGGACCAGCCUCCAACUGCCGUCUCCGAAACCAGUGUCUCUUCACCAGGAUCCAUGACCCCUGUGACGCAGUCGUCGACUCGCCCAUCCUCUGCACUUCCCGCCGGGGCUUUCAUGCCGCUCGAUGCGGAUGACGAUGGCUACGAUUUCCUUCGCGCCAUCGCUUCACAAGAACGGAGGGUGAUGGAGCUUCGAGAGGAGCUGCACCGGGCCGAGGUAGACCUGAUGACGCUGAAGAAACAGUGGGCACAGUCGGAAAAGUCGAAGAAACGGACCGAGAUUAGCCAUCAUGCCGAACCACUACUACCGCUACGGUCUCCCGAUUUCAACGGGCUGGAAGGGACAGCUUCACAUCGUCGGGAACAGAGUCUGAGCUCGGUCGGAGGCUCAUCGGUAUCACAAGAGCGCGUUAGUCGGGAGUUGGACCGGCGAAGCAGUAUUCGUGUGGCUUCCGCAAAGGGAACGACUAUUUCGGCCAACGGUCGGCGAAUCUUCCAGGGGACGCACACGCGGACGUUGUCGCUGCUAUCCCCCGUCACCGCAUCCAGCCCGACGACCGGGGAUGCCAGUCUCUCUGAGGCUGAUCGCGUGGGCCGCACCCCGCGGUCAGCUACACUGCCAUCUGUCGAGCGCAACAAUGUGUCCAGCAUUGGGGCACCCACCGAUGAGAGCCAGGUACCGGAGCAUGUGCUGGCGCAGUGGCGGAAGAAUAUGCCUCCCCCAUCAAGAGAGGCUCUGGUGCGUACCGGGAAGCAGAUGGCUUCCGAUCUACGCGAAGGCUUAUGGACAUUCUUCGAAGACAUCCGACAAGCCACCGUCGGCGAAGAAGGUAUCAACGCAACAGAAUCACGCACCAUGUCCCCAUCGCACGGCUCAUUGGCCCCGCCCAAUACGCGCAAGCGGGACUCUCUAGCCAAAUCACGCAGUCGGGAUCAGCUAUUUGCUACAGGGACCGCAUCGCGAUCGUCAUCGUCGUCAUCGCGGGGUCGGGGAACAGCAGGCGAGACAUCAUCUGGUAAAGACACCAAACCGGCGGAUAUUUCUACGUCUUUCUGGCAUGAAUUCGGGGUUGAUUCACCAGCACAGACGUCUCCCCGGCCCGGCCCUCGCCGCAGCCUCGUCGACAACACCAUCGCCGCCACGACCCCACGGGGCGAGAACGAACCCGAGCAUCCCGAUCACCCCUCCAGCAGUCUAGUGGAAGUGGAGGAUGAUACAGCCGACAACUGGGACAUGUGGGACACGCCGUUGCCCGCAUCUAAGAUGAUGCAUACGCCCUCAUCCAGUCGGUCCACGGUCGAGUCCUUGAAGCAUAAUCAUUCGCCCGCCACGCAAGGCAGCAGCCCCCGAACCAGUGCUAGUUUUGGCGAGUGGAACCCCAGUUCCGCCGCGCCUGACCCCAGUGUGACCGAGGGUAUCCCCUGGCCGACCAUCACAAAGUUGGCCCCCUCCAAGCUGCAACGUACUGCCUCGAAUCUCAUGGCUGAGUGGGAGCGUAGUCUUUCGCCGUCCCCAGAACGGAAAGAUUCUUCCUCUGGAUCGAGUCGCGGCAAAAACAGCAAAGCGGACUAA